UUUAUACUUUAUUGUCGUCUGUUUGCACCGCUUGUCCUGCCCUAGUUCACAAUAAACAAUCUGAGAUAUUAUGGGAUAUGAAUCAGAAAUUGAUAGUGAUGCUCCUCCUCCCAUCCAAGGAACAAGUCACUCCUCUGAAAGGCUAUCUGCGGAUCCUGAUUUAAGACUUCCCCUUUCAACUGAGACUGAUUGGUUCUCCAAGCGUUAUUUGAUUGCGUUCCUUGCUUUCUUUGGGUUCGCCAAUAUUUAUGCUCUCCGGGUUAACCUCAGUGUUGCCAUCGUUGUGAUGACUUCAAACUACACAGUUGAAACUCCCGAUGGCCCCAAAGUUAUUCCUGCUGAGUUUGACUGGGACAGACAGACACAGGGAACAAUAUUAAGUUCAUUCUUCUAUGGCUACAUUUUAACACAGGUGUUGGGAGGGUGGUUGGCCUGUCAGUAUGGUGGCGUCAGACUGUUUGGCAUGGGAGUGUUAACCACUGCAGCCCUUACUCUACUAACUCCCCUGGCCGCCAAGAUGCACGUCUACCUCCUCAUCCUCGUUAGAAUAUUGGAGGGCAUGUUUGAGGGUGUGACGUACCCUGCUAUGCUGGGGGUGUGGGCGCGAUGGGCUCCGCCGUGCGAGCGCAGUCGUCUGGUCAUGAUCACGCUGUCUGGAAGCUACUUUGGGACAGUGGGUGCCAUGGCCGUGUCUGGAGCUAUAGCGCAACACCUUAACUGGGCCUCGAUAUUCUACAUUUUGGGCAUGAUAGCUUUGUUUUGGUGCUUCCUUUGGUGCUUCUUGAUCCACGAGUCCCCACUCACGGACCCUUGGGUGUCGGAAGCUGAAAAAAGAUAUAUUUUAGAUUCUAUCGGACCUUCGCUGAAAGCCAAGAGGCUCACGGUUCCGUGGAAGGGAGUUCUGACUUCAGCACCGUUUGCUGCCAUUGUAGUUGCUCACUUCUGUGAAAACUGGGGCUUCUAUACGAUGCUGACUGAGCUGCCAACGUUCAUGAGUGACAGGUUCCACAUGAAGGUGAUGAGUGGCAACAUGUUGGCAGCCCUGCCUUACCUUGUGAUGGGUAUUGUGGUGCAGUGCAGCGGCUUCCUGGCUGACUGGCUCCGUUCUGGCGGCCAUCUUACCACCAUGCAGGUGAGGAAGAUGUUCACAUGUGCUGGUUUCAUCUGUCAGACGAUAUUUCUGAUCGCAGCGGCACACUCUACCAGUGCCCUCGCAACUAUUCUCUCCCUGACCAUCGCCGUUGGCUUCGGAGGAUUCGCCUGGUCUGGCUUUAGUGUGAAUCUGUUGGAUAUUGCACCGCAGUUUGCGAGUGUUUUAAUGGGGAUAUCAAACACUGUUGCUACCAUCCCAGGACUGCUGAGCCCGCUGUUGACUGGAUAUGUUACCAAAGAUAAGAUGGCGAGCGAGUGGAAGCUGGUGUUCUACUUGUCCGCCGCCAUUUACCUGGUCGGAGCCAUUGUGUACGGCCUGCUAGCCUCGGGUAAGGUACAGCCUUGGGCGAGUGUGACGGGCGAGCGAGUCGCUAUACUGGACGACCACUCAUCUUCCGAGGAUCUGCUGUCCGUUAACUCCCGCGACUACCACACCACGACCGCCACCGCCACUGCGCAGGAGUGAUACCAGGAGAUAUCUAGUCAGUAAUGUGUGUCUCUAACCUCUUUCUCCACAGUCCACAAUUAGUUGGGUGGCGUAAAAUACCUACGGUAAAGUCCCGUUAAUCUUGCAUCUUGUAACAAAAUCUUUGACUUUAGAUGGUUCCCAUUCUCUUGCUAAAGAGAAUGAAACUGGACAUAAUUGAAUUUAGAUAUCGACAAACUCUUCUGAUACGCAUUACUGAUUUCUGUUAAAUACGCAAACUCUUCAACCAAGUCAAACUGAUUGGAUGUCUUAUGGCAGCAUCUUUUAUGCCACAUCAACCGUCUCGGUAACAAAAAGUAAGGGAUAAAAUCUAAUUUUAGACAUGCAACUCUAGUGUCCCAACUAUAUUCUAUCUGAAUACAAAAUAGGAGAAAGCAGGUCCAUUUAUUUAGAUGAGAUGUUUACUUCUGUAAUUUAAAAGUGAAUAGCGAUACAAUUGGCUGAUAAUUAUUAUUCACUUUUAGAUAUCGCUCAAUACUUACGCAUUUUCUGUAAUCCAGAUCUGUCAAAGUCCUAAACAGGCUGGAAAAGCAAUUUUCUACCUAUUACUGCUGGUAAAAUCACUACUAUCACUUCACUAUAUCACUAUUUAAGAUGGUGACACAUUAGAGGGGGCCCUAAUCCGCAUUGUGUCUCGAAUCAUUUCCAAAUGGCUUAGUUUUCCUAUUAUCAAAGAAAACUAACUGUACCUCUCAAUAUGUGAAAUCAAAGCAAACACAUUUUCUAAGAAAAGGUAAAACCACUCGAAACUACCUUUGACAUUUUGGGCUUUUGUAACCCCCCUCGCAGCCUAUCAGCCUAAGGCUAUUAGCAAAUGCUAACAGAUUAAGAACACCUGUUUCUUUUUAUUUCCUCUGGCCUAAUGGUCACCUUUCAUAGGAAAUUCAACAUCCUCUGAUCCAAAACUGGACAAUCAGCCACAAGUGUUCAGAGGUCCUUCUUGUUGUACAACAUUUUCCUUGGUCAGUUUGUCUAAGUUAUAGGUCUAUAUGCUGAUGUCCCGUGUUUUUUUAAAGCUUAUUAUACAAUUACUAAGCGAAUAAUAUGUAACCAGGGGGGAGGGGGGUGCUUUGCGAAAAUUGUGCAUUUUAGUAUGUGGCCAAAACUUGUUUUCGAGGCAAAACAAAUCCUGCAAACCCUUUUUACCUUUCAAAGAUUACUUCGUUUCGUAACUGAACAAAUUUACAUUUAAGAAAAACUUCAUCAUAUAAAAAAGUCGGUUUUCGUCAUACUGCAGCAAAACAGAUACAAUUUUUAAUGCAUGCGUUGCAGGUCUAAAGUAGCUCCAGGGGGUAAAAAUGAUUUUUAGUCUCUAGGGAGUAAAAAUAAUGUUUAGUCUCUAUGGUGUAAAAAUCAGCUGUUCUAAACUAAGCAGUUAUAUUUAGAUUGUGGCAAUCGUAUCGAUCGAAAUUAUUUAUCGAUUAAUGAUUUAUCAGGUAAGGUGUUAACCUAUUAUUGUUGAUCGCUCGACAUAUCGAUGGUAUAAUGUACUCUAACACAAUCCUAAUAGACGAAAUGAUUUAAUCACUUACUAAACAGCUGCUUAUUUGCAUUAGCAGAAUUGAAAACAAGCUACAUACAAGUAGUUUUGUUUUCUAGCUUAGUUUGUUAAUUAACAAUCCAAUAUGACAAAAAAUAUAGUUCACCUCACGGGCAAAAUGUACCAUCACCUCGGCUUCGCCUCGAUCGUAAAACUUGACCUCAGGUGAAAAAGAGUCACUUUAGGUCCUAGUAUUCCAUUUCAUUCGUAUGGCUUCACAAAAAGUCAAAAGCGUCUAAUGGCCGCCUGGAUUUAAACCUAGGCUCUCUAAACUGAAGUUCUGAUCCUUAACCUCCUCUACACUAGAGUUAUUUUAGUUUAUAAGCUAUCCGUAUUGUGGCUUGUAAGGAAUUGAUAUGCCAUUUACUUGAAAAUUGGUAAUAUGCCAACUAGUUGUGGAUACAAUACUUAACCUGUGUAAGCCUAUCCCUGCCAUAUGCGUCUUUCCCUUGUAUGAUUUAGUUUGGCUGCCAAUCUGUGUGUGUUCUUUAGUUCAUCAUUAAGGAACAAAACUAAUAACUUUUGGGAUGGUAAUGGGGUGUAACGGUCUGAUUCAAUAGUUUUAGGAGUUUAUUGAGGAUGUGUUGGCUGUUUCAUUUGGGUUUUGUUUUUGUACAAUAUUGUUAACCCAAUGUGUGAGCAUGUUUAGGUUAAAUAUGUUUUUUUAUGUUUGUAGUUAUUUUACUGGUGGCUGUAUUCAUGUGAUUAUUAUAAGCUAACAGUAACAGCUGUUUAAUUUGUGCACAGUUUUUAAAGAAAUGACACAUUCUUUCGUAAAGCACAUAUAGAAUUAUAUUUUCUUAUUCUCUAAAUUAGAUAACUAUUUAUGUCUACUUAAAGGUUUUGUCUAGUUAUGUUUGUGUGUUAUUUUUCACACACAUAUAUAUAUAUUUUAUAUUGUGUUACAAAGUUUAAUUUUGUUAAAUGCACAUGAUCAAUUUAAAUCAAAUAUAAGACUUAUAUCAAGAGCUUCUAUAGAAUUCAUAAGCACUCGUAUGUCUAUGGUGAAAAUAAUCUAAUUUGUAAAUAUUUUUGAAAUAUUCUAACUUAUAACUUGUGCACAUGUAUUAUAUUACUUGCACUGUUACACAUUAAAAUCCUUGCAAAUAGACUUAAAAGUUAUGGUGCAAUAGUAACAAGUUAGUUUAUAAAAUUGUAUUUACUUUAACUUAAAAUAUUACUGAACGUGAAGAUUUUACAAAAAAAGGUACAGAAAGUAAAUAAAAAAAACGUCUUAUAACACUUAAAACAUAUAUUUACGCUUAUACUGUUACUCACAAGACGGUAAAUAUACAAAAAAGAUGGUAAGUGGUGAUCGAUUUCGAUUGGACACUCCAAUCAUCAUCAGACCCAAUAGGCGAAUGGGACCCAUCAGAAUCAGACCCAUCAGAAUGGGUCUGAUUCUGAUGGGUCCCAUUCGCCUAUUGGGUCUGAUGAUGAUUGGAGUGUCCAAUCAAAAUCGAUCACCACUUACCAUCUUUUUUGUAUAUUUACCGUCUUGUGAGUAACAGUAUAAGCGUAAAUAUAUGUUUUAAGUGUUAUAAGACGUUUCUUUUAUUUACUUUCCGUAAAUUUAAUAACACGUACAAUGCUGAUCAAGAAGUUAUUUAAAAAAGGUACAGUAAAACACCAACUAUCCGAACUUUAACUAUCCUAUUCACCGAUUAUCCGAAUCACUCACAGAAAGAAUUAAAAAACAACUUAAAAUCACAGUAAUAAGAAUCGUUUUUAAAGAAGGCAGAAGCAGUGAUUGCUGAAAAAUCCAAAAACUUUCUUGCUGUUGUUACCUCAUCAUUGUCUCCCGCACUAACAGAAAAUCAUAACCUCCAUGAUCGUGACGAGAACGUAAAUUUUUGAUUAAUAAUUGCUGUUUAUUUAUUCAAAAAGUAAUGUUCAUAACUUGAUACCUAAGUAAAAUAUAAAAUGCAAAUAGCAACAAAAAAAUAUGUGAUACACCUAACUGACUGUCAUCGUUGUCAUAAUUAACAGAUGAUAAUGUUAGUGUUUAAUGUAUGUAUUUUAAAUUGAACGUCUUUUGAUUUUACUUGUAGCAUGACUUGUAAAAUAAAUAUAAAAAUUACGUACCUAUUUGGUGGCCUAAAAGUAAAAUCUUAUCAGUCUAUGUUAAUUUAGUGUUUGUAAUGUUUUAACUUCCAGUACAAGAAUAUACAAACUACAUACAGUAUAACAAUUUUAGGACUGAGGUAGAUAUCCUUCCUUAUAAAAAAAUUUACCAGCACCAUUUCCAAAGUGACUAACAUUAUUUGCCUGUUUUUUAUUUUACUAAAACCAAUGGGCUAGGUGUAAAACUACAUACCAAGGAAAGUAACAGAACAUUUAAUAAAAAAAAUCAUUUUAAUGCAUUUUCAACAUUUUAAAUGACUAAUUGUUAAUUUACUGGGUCAAUUACUGGGUAAAAUUACAAUGCUCAAUCAAAAUAAGAACUGAAUCAAUAGUUAAUUUUAUUUUCUUAUGCAUGUAUUUUUCUAACUUACAUAUAUCAAAUACUAUUUACUGUUUGUUAUGAUGUUGCUAUAUUAUAAAUGUCUACAAUCAAAAUAACAUGUAGAAGUAGGUGUUAGUCAAUUUAAUUUCGCUCAAAUAAAAUAUUUGACACAAACUGUUGUCUGAGAUUUUAAAUGUUUUGUGUAAGAAAAUAAUUUAAGUUUUUAUUUCCCUAAACAAAGUAAAUGUAAUAUAUGGAAUAUUAUAAUAAAAUUUGUUUAAUUAAUUAAAACCUCAUAGUUUUCAUUUUACUUUUUGUAAUAACAUCCAAAAGUAUGUUCAAAGUCGAAUCCUAAUAGUGUUUAUAAACAGAAUAUUGAAAGUUUUGUAGUAUAUCAAUAGGGUUCUAAAUUUUAAAACAAAAAUAGAAUACCAAGGUAGCUAACUUAUAUUGAAAAAAAUUUUGUAUAACUAAAAUUUUUUGUGGUUCUUUCAAUGCUAAAUUGAAUCAGAAAUACAGUAAUUUGAAUUAUGUUUAAAAUUAGAAUCAUAAUGUUAGGUUUCAUAGCUUAAUUUAAUAUUUUGAUGUUUAAUACUUUUUAAUAUUGGUUUAAUAUUUUUCAAGCGUUGAAAAUUGGAUGAUGUUGUUAAUAAUAAAAGCCAUUUUUGAUUACUUUAAUUUUCUUAAUUGAGUACUAAAUUAGAACCGCCAAACCAAAUUUCACAUUUGUAAAAGUACCUAUUGUUAUUGAAAUUUAUAUAAAUUAGUGAUUUUAAAGUGGUAUAUUUUUAGCUUUAGUAUAUAUAGAUUUUAAUAAAUUAUUUAGCAUUGACAGAACUACUUAAAUAGGUAGGCCUACUAAAAAGUGUUUCGGUUUUAACACCAUAACCAAAUACAAUAAAAAUAAACAUCUCAAAAUUGAUCAGUUAAAAUAAAUCAUUAGGGUAUAUUUCAUAAAUUCAAUAACAUAAAUAUGCCAACCAUGUUUUAUGUUACCUCCUAUUGUACCUGUGAUAGUAGUUAAUAACAGUUUUGUUAUGCAGGGUUUUUUUAGUUUUAGUAUUAUCAUGUACCUGCUACUCAAUGUUGUAUGAGUAAAUAACAUUCUUCGUCAA